CAAUAAAUAGCGUGAGGAAGAGAGAGAGGCCAUGGCAGAAUAAAAGGAGGCGGUGAGGGGUUGAGGCUGGGAGGCAUCCCGGGGCCGAGAGAAAAGGGAGGAAAAGCGCAAAGAAUGAGCAGCUCGUGAAGACAUCUGCCAGCGCCGCCGCAAUCGCUAUGAAUUUUGGCCCCUCUUCUAUCGCGAGGAAGAAUCGAGGCCGAAGCAGCAGCAGAAGCAGCAGGAGAUAGCCCUGAGGAGGAGGAGACAGAAGAAGGGGAUCGGCGGGGGGUAACGAUUUGGUUUCGGUUCUUCUCGUCGUCUUUGUUGGUCCGUGUCGGUGAUUCUCCGUUUCCUCCUCCUCUCGGUUAAUUCUCACGAACAGGAGCUUUGAGGGUGACACAGAAGGUCCAAACGUGUUCCGAAGGAGAGAAGGAAAUGAUAGAGAAUGAGUGUUGUUUGACCAGGAGAACAUUGCGGGGCUCCCUUGAGCAAGAAUCCGAGUGGGCUUACAUGACAUACCAGCUCAUUGAGAUCAAAACCAACAAACGCCCUCCAUCCGUGGAAUCCUUGGAGCUAGACGAAGCGAAAGUGAAACGGGAAAAGUCCACAGAGCCUCCCAUUCAAGAAGAGGCAACAUUACCUCCUGAUGAACUCAGUUGCCCCGGUGGCUACGAUGAUGGCAGUUACUCUGAUACAACCUCUCUCAUUAGUCAAAUUGGCCGCGACAUGUCCAUCAAGUGCCUCCUUCAUUGCUCCAGAUCGAACUAUGGCACCCUUGCUUCCUUGAACCGAGCUUUUAACUCCCUCAUACAAAAUGGUGAGCUCUACAAGUUGAGAAGGCAGGCGGGCAUCAUAGAACACUGGGUAUAUUUCUCUUGCAACAUACUCGAAUGGGAAGCGUAUGAUCCUUAUUGUGGUCGAUGGAUUUCCUUGCCAAGAAUGCCCCCUAAUGAUUUCUUCAUGUGCUCGGAUAAGGAAUCGCUGGCUGUGGGCACAGAGCUCCUCGUUUUCGGAAGAGACUACACCUCUCGAAUUUCCCAUAUUUUGUUGAGAUAUAGCAUUUUGACAAAUUCUUGGUCCCAAGGCGUCGAGAUGAACUACCCCAGGUGCUUGUUUGGAUCUGCUAGUUUUGGAGAGAGAGCUAUUGUUGCUGGUGGCAUAGAUGCUCGAGGUAAUAUAUUGAACUCCGUAGAGCUUUACAAUUCUGAUACACAAACUUGGGUUACUCUUCCUAGCAUGAAUAAACCACGGAAGAUGUGUUCAGGUGUGUUCAUGGACAACAAGUUCUAUGUGAUCGGUGGAAUGAGUAGCCCAACAGAAUUGCUAACAUGUGGGGAAGAAUACGACAUGGAGAAAUGUUCCUGGAGAAUCAUUCCAAACAUGUCCCAGGGGUUGAAUGGCCCUAGUGGGGCACCUCCGCUUGUUUCAGUGGUUAACAAUGAACUAUAUGCAGCUGAUUAUGCAGAAAAGGAAGUUAGGAAGUAUGACAAGGAAAACAUCACUUGGAUAACUUUGGGCAAAUUGCCCGAGAGGCCUGAUUCAGUGAAUGGUUGGGGCUUGGCUUUCCGUGCUUGCGGUGAACGUCUCAUAGUAAUUGGCGGGCCUAGAAUGCUUGGGGGUGGAACAAUUGAACUCAACUCGUGGACUCCGAGAGAUGGACCUCCGGUUUGGAACAUGAUUGCCAGCAAGCAUUGUGGGAAUUUUGUGUACAAUUGCGCUGUCAUGGGCUGCUGAGUUUUAUUGGAAAACUUGCUUCAUGUACUGCUCAGUUAAGGAGAAUAUGCAGGAAUACCGAUAUCACCAGCGUUACAUAUCUGCCUUUUUGAAAUUUCAGGUUUUUUUUAGGAUUUGAUAGAAGACUUUCUUAUGUAACCACCUUCUCAUCUUCUCCCUUGUCCUUGAUCCUGAUUUACCACUGAGUGCUUUUACUUCUUCCGAGUUUCCAUUUAACACGAGAACUUUCAUGCGAAUCAUGCAGUCUCAACACGCACAAUAACUCGAUGUAGCUGCAUGUUCCUGGCCUUCCUUGAAAGUUACCUUGUUGGAUGCAGUAUGAACUAUCCUGCCAUUUCAUUGUUGCCUUUAUUGAGAGGAAAUAAAACUGCUCAUCACUUUCUUGUAUUCUUUUGCCAACUUAUUAUUGUUUGAACCAAUUGUUGUGUUUUCCAUUUA